UGAAAUACACAAUCGUCGUCUGAAUUUCUCUUUAGUGAUUUGUAAUUGCAAUAGUUAGUCUUAGUUGAAGUAGUUUUAUUACGGAAUGGAUAUAAUUUCGAAACAUUACGAAGAAGGCCACUACCGAAAGUGUAUAACAAUUUUGUCUGAUUUACCAACUCACUCACUAUUUGAGAAAUGUGUGGUGGAGAAUAAUGUUUUAGUAUCCAAAUUUCAAACAUCUUUCGUGCAAGGAGAUGAUUUGCUUAGAAAAACUGUUUACGACGAUCUUUUUCGAUUGCAAGCUAAGCUGUUAGCACUUCCACAUGAAAAAGAGUAUACCUUUUUGACUUUAUGUUGCACUACCAAUGCUAUUUAUUCACUGCUGAAUUAUCAAUGUUGUGAAGAAAAUAGUGUCAAAGCAGUCCAGAUUGGAAAUGGGGCUUUUGAAAAAGUACUUUGCAACCAUCAAAUGUUCUACUAUCAAGAACAACACUCAAUUGUUGACAAAUUUAUUGGCUUGGUGCAUCAGUUACUUCACUGCAAAAAGCUCAAGUCAGAUGAGCUUUCAAUUCUGCUGUACUGCUGUAUACUCACUUGUUUAAUCAAACUUGAUCUAAAGUUUGUUGAAUUGGUUAAGAGCAUUCUAGCUAUUUUAGAAUGUAGCCUAAAGAAUGAAACAUCAGAUGUAAACUCUACUCACAUAUUUCUGCUUUUUCCACUUGAAAUGUCACUACAAUCUACUGGAAGUUACUGUUCAAUCAUUUGUGAUUUUUCAAGACUCUUUCUUUCCAUGUUUUACUGUACCAACUUGUCUUGGUCUGAAGCACUUGCAGUCAAAAGUCCACAAAACUCUCAAAUGUCUGAAAUUUUUAAAAUGUAUGCAAGUCUUCACUUAGCUGAUCCUUCAAGUGAUGAGAAGAUUGAAGAAUAUUUCAACGAAAGGAAUAGUUAUCUAUACUUCGCCAGGUGCCUAAUCAACGCAGCAAAAUUUGCUUUACUAAAGAAACCAGUCAUUGCAUUAAAAUAUUUAAAUUUUGCUGGAGCAGGAGAAUUAGCCCAAACGCAAGCCUGUUCAAUCGUGAUGGCUUACGCUGCCACUCAAUUUAAAGUUUUGGAUCAAACCAAUUUCGAAAUUGAAGCCUUGAAAAUAGCAGAGGAAUCAUUAUUAAAAAGCCCAGUUUUUCAAUGUUCCAUUCAUACUGAACUUCCUGGAUUUCUUCUUGGACAGAUGAAAUUAUUCCGCCUUCCUGAAGUAUCAGUCUUGAGAUACCAAUUGGCUCGAAUUUUUCUGAAAAACCAACGAUAUCAAGAAGCCGCAGAAGAAUAUGAAAAACUGUCAUCUGAGAUUCACUUCCAACCUAAAUCGGAACCUUUUUCUUCAGUUUUCAAGCUUGUUUCUCCAUCUGAAACUAUUGUUUUACACGAGCGUAUCCUGGCGCUCGUUCUGUCAAAUAGCUACCAGAAAGCUUUGGAUGCGAUUGAUUCAUCCCUAGAAGAAGAUUUGUUUACCUUGUACCUUCAUGCUCAAAUCUGCGCACAUUUCAAGCAAUACAAGAAAGCUAUCCAGCUCAUCAAUAGAUCAAUUUUGCAACUGAAUUCUAUAACAUUUGCUGUGAGUGGAACGAAAGAUGUGAUCAGAUCCCAAUUAUGUUUUAAACUGUCGCAAUUAUUCGAUGAAAUUGGAAAUUUGAAAGACGCACAUCACCAACUAAGGCUGUCCUUUCAAUAUGGCAUUUCUAUGAAUUGUCAAAUGCUAGAAUUCUAUCAUAAAUUUACAUGUAAACUGGGAGCACAAAAAGAAGUUCCAAUUCCGUCUGAUUCUCAUCAAGAGGAACUGAUUGCGACAAUUCUGGAACAUUCGGAUGACUUAACCCUUAAUUACUUAAUACGGGAUUCUUAUGCAGCGUUUAGUCUUCCAUAAAGAAAUGCAACUGAGAAAUACAUUUUUCAUGUGAAAAUUUU